UUUAAACAGGACUUGCGACGACAGAUUUGUUGUUGUUUGUUUUGGUUGCGCCGGUUUCUCCCAGAUGAAUCAGCGUGAGCCCAGUCACGAAAUAUUCUAGCACAGCUGGUUGCCAGAAUCCUGCAAAAAUAGUAGAACAUUUCUGCUAGAAUGCUGUUAGAAUAUCCACCUCUGUGAGAACUCUUCCAGAAUCCUGCUAGAACGCCGUGACUGGGAGGGCGUUUGCGAAGAAGGAGAGAAAUGUCAAAACUGGGCGAUACACGCAAAAUGUGAGUUGAUCAUUUUGAGGAAUGGGGCACAGACAGGGGUGUUUCACAAAAUUGCCGCCAGGUUUGCGUUUGUUCUACGCCAAAUCCCUCUGGUGGAAUUUUUGAUAAACUAAAUUCUAUACAACAGAUGGCACCACCAUAACGUAAACAGCUACCGUAUCAUGCAGUAUCUCUGGAUUUAAAUAAAUUUAAUUUGAAAAGCCUAAUUUUGCUUACGAAUCGUUAAUAAUAGGAUGAUAAUGAAAAAAAUAGUAAUAUCAAAGACUUUUUUAUAAGUCAUUUGCUUUAGAAUGGUUAAUAUAGCAAAAAACAUCAAAUAUAUUUUCAUUUUCAUGUCUGUAUAAUUUGACUGCAUCCGACGGUAGGUCUUGUUUUUGUUUUUAUUUGUUUUUGUGCAUGGUUUUAACUUUUGGCAAAUUUGGCGAUUCGGAUUCACCCGAUUCACCGGACCAGUUGAGCAGUCGCGAGAAGGAACGGGGUUGCCGGAUGAUUGCGGACUCGCAUCGAAUCGUGACCUGUCCUGCAUCGUUAAAGGAAAACGAAGGCGGACCCGGGCGACGGAAAUCCACGAUUCGAUAAGCCGGUGGAUUCGUUCAGCGUACAAGGCGAUGCCGAACACAGCCAGAGGCCGGCGAAGUCCAUGGGGAGCACCUGAAACCGUGAAGGAAGUUUUUGAGAGAUCAAUAAGCAGGGCUUUUCCUCGCCGACCACCUUCCAAGUCCAGGGAUGACCGAUUGAGCUGUCCGGCCGUGACAGCGGGGAACCGCUGGUUCGCGAUUUGGAGGGCGGAGAAGGUGAUUACUACGCCGGGAUGUUUGAUCGAUUUGCUGGAGCGAGGCAUCCUGAGACAACCUGUCCCGUUGCACGUUUCUGUUGCUCGACGAGGCGGAUCGGAACCGAGCAGAUCUGGCCGGAUCGGUGCCGAUGUGGUCGAAGGAGGUUCGGGUGUUGGCGAAGGACACGAUUACAUCCAGAUUACCGUUGAUCUUGUCGGCGACCCGCAUCAUCCACUAGAUCGUGGAUAUUUAUGAGGAAAACGAACAGGAGGGCAAGUUGUUGUCGUUGCCAAGUACGUGAACAACUUUAUUACCUGGACCCGUCGGAGGAUUACAUCGGGAAGAUACAGUCACAUGGACCAGGUUGGAUUCGGUGCACUGCGGGAAAGUGGCUUCCAGAAAAACUGCUGAUUUAGAACAAUAAGUUGCUAUUGUAUGUUUAAUCUGUUUAGUUUGUUAAAUUUGUGUAUAAAAUAAAGGGUAAUUUUGGGGAUUCCGGUGUUGGGUUAGAGGGU